UUCUUUUUCUCACAUCAUCACACCAUCAUUUUGUACUUUUAACUCUAUUCAAAUCAAUAAUAAAAUGCCUGCUGUAGAUAACAACGUUAACCUUGCACCUACUACCGAACCCGCCAACACUAACGAACAAAAGAAGCAAAAGAAGCCAAUUCGUCAAGCUGUUGGUGGUAUUGUCAUUGAUACUGUUAACAAAAAGGUAUUAAUGCUUUCUAGUCGUAAGACAGAAGGUUCCUACCGUCUUCCUCGAGGAAACUGUGACGAAAACGAAACACCCGAACAAGCUGUCAUCCGUGUCCUCCAUGACGAAGCCGGUGUCGAGGUUGAAAAGAUCAGUCAAAAGGUCGGUACUUACACCGAGGCAAAUAAGAAGGGUAAGAUUGUCGGUCAUCACUGGAUGUUUGAAGUGACAAACCCCAAGCUUUUGGAUUCUUGGCCUGCUUUAGAUCGUAAGCGUGUUUGGUUUACUCUCGAAGAAGCUGUUGCUGCUUCUAGCGAUCGUCAUAUCGCCCGUUUAGCUCUCAACGACUGCUCUUUAUCUUCUGCAAAUCAUCAUUAAGCCCAUUCUUUCUCUUAGACAAAAUAUCCUCAAAACCUUCCUCACUCCAUUUCUUUGUUUCCGUUCAAUAUUCCUUUAGUUCCUCCUUACCAAGUGCAUCAUGCCUUAUAAGUACUAUCAUAUCUCUAUAACCGACAAUUGUAAAAAUUCACCAAUUCUCUCUUUUAUUUUUCUCUAUCCAUAUUAUGUUGAAGUACGUGAUUGAUUUCAUAUUCAAGGGAAAUAAAAUAGUUUCUUUUUCAUUCUUAGAAACUUGUUGCCAUGUCCUGCAUAAGUGCA